AUGGCGGCCGCGUCCUGCCCGGCGCUCCUGGCCGCCUGCCUGGCGCUGCACCUGGCCACAGCCCGGGGCGACGGCUGCAGCGGCUUCGGGAACCUGUUCACGGAGAUCGCGGAGAACAGCGCCCACGGGAGCCUGGUGGCGCGGCUGCCCCCGCCGGGGGACGCGGGGGGCGCGGGGGGCGGCGCCGGCCUCCAGCUCUGCCUGGUGGGCGCCGACGCCGCCUGGUUCUACCUGGACGGGCGCAGCGUCCGGCUCAACGUGUCGGCAGGGCGGACGCUGGACCGUGAGGAGCUGGAGUCCCCGGUGCUGAUGGUGGCCCUGACGUGUGCCGAGGACGGCUCCUCCCCGGUCGAGUUCCGGAUCAUCGUCCAGGUCCUCAACGAGAACGACAACCGGCCCCACUUCCAGGGGGCCACUGUCCUCACCCACAACGUCAGCGAGGUGACAGUGGCACUGCGGGCGCCUAUCGGGGACAGGGGUGGGUGUUGGGGGACCCCGGGGGAUGUUGGGGGGGCCCCGGGGUGUCCCGGGACCCCUGGUGACCCCCGCGGGCAGCUGGCGCCGGUGCACUCGGUGGUGUUCAGCGCCCAGGCCGAGGACGCGGACGGGGACACGCUCAUGUACGUCAUCGACACGGCCUCGCCCGACGCCCGCUUCUUCCGCAUCGACCUCCCGAACAGCGGCCGCGUGGUGCUGGCGCGGGCCCUCGACUUCGAGAGCCGGCGGCACCUCGAGGUGGUCGUGACCGCCGUGGAGAUGAACACCCGGGAGCGGUUCAACGCCUCGGCCCGCGUGCGGGUCAAUGUCCUGGACGGGGAUGACCAGUACCCCCAGUUCCUGCCCUGCACCCCCCGCGCCCCCCACAGCCCCCUCGUCUGCACCAGCCCCGUCUACACCGCCAACGUCACCGAGGGCCAGCUCCAGGGGGGUCCCCUGAGCUUCAGCCCCGGCGCCGUCUAUGCCGAGGACGGGGACAGGGGGCUGCGGGCGGCCAUCACCUACUCCCUGCUGGCAGGUCAGGAGAGCAGCAGGUUCCACAUCGACAACGUGACCGGGGCCAUUACGCUGCUGCGGGCGGUGGAGAGCAGCCGGCAGACCCCCGAGAUCUGCCUCAGCGUCAUGGCCUCGCAGGUGAACGACCCCUCCAAGUACGCGGUGGCGCGGGCCCUGGUGCGGGUCCUGGCCCCGAACCGGCACCCGCCGCGCUUCCCCCGCGCCCGGUACCGCGCGUUCGUGCCCGCGGCCCCGCGCCGCGCCGCCCUGCUGCUCACCUUCGGCGGGCAGGUGCUCGCCCUGCGCGCACACGACCCCGACUUCCCCGAGGGGGUGAAUCCCCAGGUGCGCUACACCCUGAGCCACGGCGCCAACCAGAGCCAGCAGCUGUUCCAGGUGAUGCCCAACGGGCUCCUGGUGGCCCAGGCGGAUCAGCUGCGGCCCGGGCAGAGCUACCGCCUGCAGGUGCUGGCGCGGGACGAGGAAUCGGGCGAGACCUCGAACACGACGGUGGAGCUGGAGGUGCUGUGGCCGGGGCAGGCGGCCCCGCGGGACCCGUCGGAGCCGGCGGCCGGGCGGGGGCUGCCGGCGGGGGCGGUGGCGGGGGGCGCGGGGGCGCUGCUCCUGCUCGGGGCCGUGCUCCUGCUGGCGCUCCUGGCGCUGCGGGCGCGGCGGCGGCGGCGGCGGCAGCAGCGCACGGCGGACCGGGCAGCGCUCGCCAUCGAGAAACACCCCAACGUGAGCCUGAGGUGGUUCCAGCCGGUCCAGGCCGGCAAGUCCCCCCCGAGCCCCCCGCGGCUCUACUACCCCAACGAGGGCUACAGCGAGGCCAACUCCGUGGGGCGGCCGGGGGGGGGCUCGCCCGGGGGGGGAUCCCCGGCGGGGUCGCCCCCGGCCGCCCGCGGCAGCCCCAGCCCCCCCCGCGCCCCCAGCCCGGGCGAGGUCUCGGGGGGUCCCGCGGAGGCGGGGGGCAGCCCCGCGGCGGGGGGGCGGCGGGGGGCGGCGCUGGGGGUGCUGCCGGCGCUGGAGGAGGAGAGCGAGGAGAGCCUGGAGGAGGCGGCGGGCGGCGACCCCCGGGUGCCCCCCCCGCUGCUGCAGCUGCUCGAGGACUCCAUCGAGUGCUGA